GCUGAACAUGUGGACAAUUUAUUCCGCCACUGUACCAUCAAAUUCGCGUCGUCGCCGAAGAUUGUCACAAAACCGCCUUUCGAACCCGCUACGGAAGCUACGAAUACCUGGUGAUGCCCUUUGGCCUCACGAACGCGCCCUCGACAUUUCAAAUGACCAUGAACGGCAUUUUCAGGGAACUCUUGGAUAAAUGCGUUAUUAUCUACCUCG